AAUCCCUUAGCCUUAGCUUAGCCUAUCUUAAGACACAACACCAGGACCCUGAAACCAAUGAGACUAAACGAAAAUCAGCCGUGAUUCAUUUAAUAUGUACACUUAUGCAUUUCCCAGUGUGAACAAUCUCUAAUCAGUUACUGUGUAACUACUCAGGAAUUAAACCUGGUGCUCUUACGAACAGGGUAAAUAAAAGUAGUGUCUAACUAAUUUUGCCAUUUACACAGUGUUACUGUUCAAGAAGAGCACUGAAAGUCAAGUCAGUCCCAGUCAACAACAAACUGCAAGUUUAACUGAUAUUGUGCAAAAGUGCAAAAAUGGGCUAUGACAAAGAGUUUUGCUAAAGAAAUGUAACAUUGCAGCAGCACAUAAUAAAAUUAUGUUUGACUAAACAGUGGAAGACAAAUGCACAAAGAACAUUAUGUAAUAUUUGAUUUCUCUUCAGGUAGCAGCUGGAACAAACAGUAUCAAAAAUGCUAUUCACCGCCCCCAUCCCUCCCCCUCCCUCCAUUCUCUGGUAUUAUUUUAUGCCUUAUCAGCUCCCAUUUUACUGGCAGUCACCACAGUAAAAUCAGUUAGUAUCCUGGAUCCAAAUACCUUUUCACGCUAUAUGGAUAUUUACUCUCACAUUCACUUCCUUCACAUAAGGAACUUCACAUAUUUUUCUUUCUUCUCUGAGCUGUACCACUCUGAUCAUGUUGCCACCACUACUGUCGAGACCCUGGCUAUCUCUUCUGUCUUUCUGGUCUCUGUGGCAGCAAAUGUGGGAGCUGCAGCCCUGGAAACCUCGGAACGCAAACUGCUGGUCAACAAGACCAUCCUGACCCUUAACUUGUUUGUGGCUGACCUGUUGUUUGUUAGCAUGAUCCCACUGAUUGUAGCAGUGCGUUGGACUGUGUCCUGGACUCUGGGGUGUGCGGCCUGCCAUAUUGUGGUGUAUGUAAUCUGUGUGUCAGGCUGCGUCACCAUCACUACCCUGGCCUCCAUCAGUGUGGAGAGGAUCCGGGCUAUCCUGCAGCUCCAGACCAUGGCAACUCUGAAUCACAGGACAGUGACUGCCACCCUUCUCUUUAUCUGGGCCUUUUCUGCAGUCACCCCCAUACCCCUCAGUCUGUAUUUCACUGUGAUGGAAGUGGAUUACCCUGAGCAGGAACAUGUUCGUAUCUGUACUCUCAAAUGGCCUGACGGAACUGGACCGAUUGUGUGGAGCACUGCUUUUGCCACCCUGUGCUUCCUUCUCCCAGGACUCAUAAUUAUGGUCAGUUACAGCAAAAUAUUACAGAUUGCUAAAAGUUAUACGCGAAGGGUUCGUAUCCGAGACAGUCAGCCAACAGCUGGAGACUCUGUCAAGUACUAUGUCUCCCGCCAGGAUAUGAAGCUCUUCCGCACUCUUCUGGUCCUGGUUCUUUCUUUCUUCAUCAUGUGGAGCCCCAUAUUUAUCAUCACCUUACUGAUCCUGGCCAGAAACUUCCUGAGUCACCUGUAUGUCUCCUCCACGAUGUUCUUCUGGGUGGUAACUUUCACACUCACCAACUCUGCCCUCAAUCCCAUCCUCUACUCUGUCUGCCUGUUCAGGAACAGGUGGGGCAAGCUCUGCUCCAGUUCUGCUGUAGUGCCACUGAGGAAAAGACCUAGUGGCAGUGGUCAAAGGCAUUCAUGAUUAUUACAGUUUUUUUCUUCAUAUAGAUGAUUUAGACUUAUACAAAACAUAAUGUACUGGAUAAACCACAUUAUACCUGUAAUGUAAAAUGUAAUAGUUGCCUACUCAUUGCACUCCUGAGCUGGUGCCGAAACUCUCAAAAGCAAUAACUUGAGAAACACCUAAUGCUAAGAUUGAAACAUUUUAAUAAG